AUGUUGAGAUUACCCAAAGCCCGAGCCACCAACAGCUGGUUCAAAGCGCAAAGUUAUCGUGCGCUGGACAAGUUCAUGGUGUAUGGAGUCUUCAAGCGUCUUGGAGACCCGGUAACACCGAUGUCUGAUGAGACCGAGGCGGCGAUUCCAGCCAUACGGAUAUGGGGAUCCUACUUCGUGGCUGCGACUUCGGCAUUUCUUGUGUCAUCGUCUCUUGGGUUGGGAAAAUCACGAUCCCUCCCAGCUCAACCCGGCUCGAUAACACCAAGUCAAAGCUCUGAACAAGAACCCAGCGCAACACCACACGAGCGGCGAAUAAGCUACACCAAGAUCCUUUACGAUCCUACUUUGCAUCUGUCAUACCCAUGGCAGGAUAUUCAUCCUAAUGCGCCGGCCCGCCGCCCAGGUGGAUCAAAUUAUCUUUACCCCCUUCCUAACCAGGCUUGCCCACCUCGUUACACCAGACCUCUGGUCCUCGACCAUGUUUGUAUCACUCAUCCAAAGCUCAAUGCACCUCUUCAAAAGACGGACGGCACGGCACGGCGUAGCCAACCCGACCAUCUGGACUGCCUAAAAAGAGACGAAUCGGCCGCUUUAUCCUCCCUCCACCGGCUGUCAAACGUUGGAUGGGGGCACAAAAAUGCGGCACACACCAGAUGGCCGCAUAUCACCGCCUUUCAGGUCCCGUUCCGGGUCUUCCUUCCGGCCCGGACGACCGGCCUCGUUCUUAACUACUUAAUUUGUAUACAUAACGUCCAACGACAGCUGCCUGCCCGUCUGCUUGAACGCCGGCCCGUUUCCGUCUGUUUGAGGUGA